AUGAUUUUAACAGACGGACAAAUUUUAAAAGAAAUUGAAAACAAAUCCAUUGUUAUUGAACCCUUUGACCGAGCCAAUCUCGGAGUAAAUUCUUAUGAUGUCCAUCUUGGCAAAAGGCUUGCUGUUUACAAAGAACAGGAAUUGGAUGCGAAAAAGAAUAAUGCUAUUGAAGUCUUUGAUAUUCCAGAGGAAGGCUUUGUUUUACAGCCAGGAGAAUUAUAUCUCGGAGUAACUCAAGAAUAUACGGAAACACAUAAUCAUGUUCCUUUCCUUGAAGGAAAAUCCAGUACUGGUCGUUUGGGAAUUUCCAUUCACGCAACAGCAGGUAAAGGAGAUGUUGGCUUUAAGGGAAGUUGGACACUUGAAAUUAACUCAAUCAAGCCCACUCGUGUCUAUGCAGGAAUGCCAAUUGGACAACUGAUAUAUUUUGAAGUAGAUAAACAAUCCAUCUUGGUUCCCUAUCAUCAAAAGAAGAAUGCCAAAUACACCGCACAAACCACAGACCCAGUCGGAAGCAUGAUGUGGAAAAACUCUUUUUAA